UAGGCAUCGCAUCAACAUAAAGAACCUAGCUUUGAAGCUCGAGAGCAAAGCCAUUGACAAAGAAACUGAGAAAUUAAAACUUAUAUUCACCAUUUAUUAUUACUAAAAAUACUAUUUUUAUACACGAACAUGAUAAUCCAUACAAAAACCCUCCCAUAUAUGUUCCCAAUACACCGAAUUUAUACCCUUUCGAAAAUUCGGUCCUAAUUUGAUUAGAAAACUAGAAGCAGCUCGCAUAUGCUAGGGAAGAUUCAAUUCAAGAAAUGUGGGGGCAAUUUCUAAAAUGCAUACGUGGGAGAUGUGCAAAGAAUUACUAUUGCUUUCGCUUUUUGAUUCAGGUUGAAACGCCUUCAGUUGCUACGCAGAAUCCGAGCCGAACCCAGAGCUUGGAGCGAGGGGUUUUUGCCUGGCAAGAAAAGAGAAGAGGGGGUGAGUGCAAAUCACCGCCGUGGUGAGCCUCUAAAAUCACCACAGGGUUAAAGAUUUCAGCCUCGGACCGUACACGUGCGACUCAAGUGCCGCUAUAUAGGAGAGACGUGUCUCGCGCUUUUUCUCAUAUUUUUGUGUGUUGAGAAUUGCCCAAUUGCCGGGGCUUGGGUCCAAAGAAGAGUUGUUAAUGAGAAACUGGGCGAGUUGAAAGACUCAAUCUUGACACUGAGUCGCCAUGAAAAUGGUGCUUAAGCCGAUUGUUACAAGUUCUACAAAUGGAGUCUUCCAAUUCCCUUUUCAUUCAACUCCAUCACCACAUGUCAGAAAAAGGAGCAAUUCUAUCAUAGCACAGGCCACUCCUUCCAGAACCGAGAGGAUAAUGAAAAGCAUAGCUGUAAGUGGAGAGGUGGGCGGAGCUGGUGGCGCAUACUCUUAUAAUGCUUUGAAAAGAUUGGACCAGCUUUGGUCUGACAUUUGCUCUGCUUCACAAGUAGUCACACAGGUACCAAGGCAAGUAGUUUCAACAGUGUCUGGGUCCUAUAAGGAUUCUGAACUUGGUGGAAAAUCUCUGGAGAUGUUUGAUGUGGUGGUUUGUGGAGGUACUUUGGGGAUCUUUAUUGCCACUGCAUUGAGUUCCAAAGGUCUUCGGGUCGGAAUUGUAGAAAGGAAUGUUUUGAAGGGGAGAGAACAGGAAUGGAAUAUAUCAAGGAAAGAGCUACUGGAACUGGUAGAAGCCGGUAUCUUAACAGAAGACGACAUAGAAAGGGCUGUCGCUGCCAGUUACAAUCCUAACAGAUGUGGUUUUGAAGGAAGGGGUGACAUUUGGGUCAAUGACAUUCUCAACCUCGGUAUUUCGCCCUCAAGGCUCAUACAGAUUGUGAAAGAGCGCUUUGAUUCCCUUGGAGGUGUCACUUUUGAGGGUUACAAUGUGUCUACAAUAAAUGUUUACGAGGAUGGAGUGGUUUUGCAUUUAGAUGAGGGGAAGGUUUUGUCAUCACGGCUCAUUAUUGAUGCAAUGGGGAACUUUUCUCCGAUUGUAAAACAGAUUAGACGUGGAAGGAGACCAGACGGUGUUUGCCUGGUGGUUGGUACGUGCUGUCGUGGAUUCAAAGAUAACUCUACAAGUGAUGUUAUAUUCAGCAGUGCUUCCGUCAAGGAAGCUGGAGAAUCAAAAGUGCAUUACUUUUGGGAGGCGUUUCCUGCUGGAUCAGGCUCCAUGGACCGAACUACUUACAUGUUCACUUAUGUUGACCCUCAACCUGGAUGUCCGAAACUGGAAGACUUACUUGAGGACUACUGGGACUUGAUGCCGAGCUAUCAGGGGGUGUCUCUUGACAAUCUGGAGAUCUUAAGAGUUAUAUUUGGUAUAUUCCCAACAUAUCGUGAUAGCCCGCUGCAAGCAGCGUUUGAUCGUGUUCUACAGUUUGGAGAUGCGAGUGGCAUACAGUCACCUGUUUCUUUUGGUGGUUUUGGGAGUUUGACUCGACACCUUGGUAGAUUAACUAACGGCAUAAUUGAAGCAGUUGAUGAAGAUUUUCUGGAUUCUCAGAGCUUGUCACUGUUGAAUCCUUACAUGCCCAACUUAAGUGCAUCUUGGCUAUUUCAAAGGGCAAUGUCCGCAAAGAAGCACUCUGAUGUCCCACCGGAUUUCAUUAAUGAUCUCCUGUUUUCCAAUUUCCGAAGCAUGCAGCGACUUGGGGAUCCUGUGUUGAGACCGUUCCUUCAGGAUGUUAUACAAUUCGGGCCACUAGUCAAGACACUAGGCCUAGUAAUGUUAACUAAACCUCAAAUUCUUCCAUCGAUAUUCAAGCAGGUUGGAAUUCCAGUGCUUCUCGACUGGUCUGGGCAUUUUUUCAUGCUGGGAUAUUACACGUUUCUGUCUACUUACCUCGACCCUGCAAUUAGGCCAUUGAUAGACACCUUCCCGGCCAAGAUGAGAUAUGAGUGGAAGCGGAGGCUUGAGGCCUGGAAAUAUGGAGCUGGUUUAGAUUACGAACUGGAGUGUUCAACAACACAGGAGCAAACGGGUACGAGGAAAGAUUCAUCUGACGACACUUGGAGUUCAAAUACUGUUUGAUGAGUAUAUAUUUUCGGUUCUAUUUUACGUUCACAAUGUAUCAAGUAUACAUAUAAAUUGAAUAUUCUUGUAACUAACAUUCAAUAUAAUAUACAAAAAGUUAUGAACAGUCGCUUUUAUGGAGUAGUUGUAACUAUGU